AUGUUGACACCUUCGCGGAGUACGUUGGACCUGAUCGACUCCCCGAUUGUUCAAUUCACAAUGAUGGCUUUCUCUGGGACUUCGUCGUCAUGGCUGGCAUCAGCUUUGACUCUACUCUCCUUCUUCUCACUUCUCCUGCCCACUAAUGCCCUCUACUUCUACAUGGAGGGUCGGCAAACGAAGUGCUUCUUCGAGGACCUGCCCAAGGAUACGUUGGUGGCCGGUCGCUUCGAGAGCGAGGUUAUCAAUGCCCAAACAGGGGCCUACGCGAUCGACCACAACAUGAAGGUGCUCAUCACCGUCGAGGAGACCUUUGACAACGACCACCGUGUGGUUUCCAAGCGUGACAGCCACUCCGGUCGCUUCCAUUUCUCUGCUGCCGACGCUGGUUCCCACCGAAUCUGCUUCACCCCCGAGACAGAUGCCACCUCUGGCUGGUUGAGCAACUCCCAGGGAGCUGUGAAGCUCACUGUCGACAUUGCCAUUGGCGAGACCAGCAAGAUCGAAACCGAGGAUAAGGACAAGAUGAAGGAUAUCGUUCAGCGUGUCAAGGACUUGAACAGCAGGCUCCACGAUAUCCGCCGUGAGCAGGUUUACCAGCGCGAACGCGAAUCCGAAUUCCGUGACCAAUCCGAAACGACCAACUCCCGUGUUGUGCGCUGGACUCUGAUCCAAAUCGCCAUCUUGUCUGCCGCCUGCGCUUGGCAGCUCUCGCAUCUGCGGUCAUUCUUCAUUAAACAGAAGCUGACUUAG